ACAGUACCGCCGUGAGCCUCGAGCCAAAAGCAUCGUCGUGUCGUUUCGCUGGGCUGUCCGCGCACGCGACUAGAGACACACGAGACGCGAGGCGAAGCAUCGCUCGUUCUUUUCUUGUCUCUCGGAACUUCUCGUGUCUUCCCGUUGCAUCGGCAUUAGCCGUGGGGGAACGAGAGAGAAGGAGUCCGUAAGAUAGUCAUUCGCAGGAAGGAGCAAGAAAGAGAAACGGGCCGCGCGAGAACCUGGCGUGAAACGUGAAACCCGUGAAUAACGACUGCGACCAAAUUCGUGCGGCAGAACGUGCGAGCCGGUAUCCCCGUGGGUAAUCGCGAGUGUCGGUAACGUCGUGCGAUCGCGGAACGCGGAAAUUUUCGGGAGUCGGGUGAAUUCUUUCGAGGGUGCGCUUGACCGUUUAGGAAGUUUCUUGUGGUGAUGUGAUACCUGUCGCGGGGAUGAAGUUAAGUUUCUCGUGAAAAGGAGGUCAGAGAGGAUAUUGCGAAAGAGAUGUUCGGCGGCGGCACGUGGCUCUGGUGGUGGCUCCUGAUCGGGGCUCACCUACUCCUAGUGGAAGCGCAAUGCGGCGCGUCGCUUCAGGAGAAGCAGGAGAAACAAGAGAAGCAGGACAAGCUAGCCCUCUACAAAGUCACACUGAGGACGUACUGGUCGAGAGCACGAUUUCCAAGGCAUUAUCCCGAAUGGAGACCUCCUGCGCAAUUCGGCAAGCUUAUUGGUCGGACUCAUGAUUCCUCCUAUUCCCUGUACCGGCUGGGUGAACGUCUCUCCUUGGGCGCCAGACAAUAUGUCGAGAGUGGCCGAGCGGAUGGUCUGGACACCGGUGGCGACUCUCCUAGUACUCUUCACUCGUUCACGGGACCCCCAGUUCCCCAGGGUGAAGGCACCAGCAUCGCUAGAGCCUUCCUGGACGGGAACCACACCCUUAUUAGCAUCAUGGCGAGAAUUAACCCCAGCCCUGACUGGUUCAUCGGGGUGGACUCUUUUCAGCUCUGCGUCGAGGGUAACUGGGUGGACACCGUCACUGUGGAGCUCGACCCCUUGGACGGUGGGACGGACAACGGAUUCACCUUCACCGCAGCGAACUGGCCCACGCAACCUCAGGGAAUAGCCUACAGGAUCACGUCACGCUACCCUGCUCAUCCCGCUGGGAGCUUCUACUAUCCGAAUCUGCCUCGUCUGCCACCAAUAGCAACCCUUACCUUCACCAAGCUGAGGGAGUAUACGCUGACCGAGACCUAUCACGAGGAUGACGUCGAGGUCGAGUUCGUGAGCAGCGAGAAUUUCGUCCCGACGCUACGAGACGUCGACCCGAACCGCGACCUGAACGAAGCAAUCGCCGAGGAGCGUCGCGAAAUGGAUUCUCAACGCUACAGAUACUGGACCACCGGAAGUGGACAACCGGUGACCGAUCUUCCCAGGGACAACAAAGCAGCCAUAAUCAGCAGUAUCGCCUCGUCUUACGCUCAGCGUCCCAGACUCCUUGCUACCCCUACGCCCUAUCCCAGGCCUCCCAAGGGCCCUGGGGAUAGUAACGGUCAGACUGGGAAAUCCGAGGGUAAGCUUGUCUGGCCCUAUUAUCAGAGGCAACGACAGAACGCGGAGGCUCAGAAGGCUCAGAUCUACCAGGAUAUACAGAGGAAGAUAGCGAACGGGACGAGUCGCUCCUGGCCGAACGUCACUGAGACGGAAUACUUGCACAGGCUCAGGAUGAAGCACCAUAGGCUUCUUUCUAAGGGAAAACAUCCGCGAGUCCGUCCGCCCAGGGAUUGUAAGGUUGGCGAAUGGGGUCCGUGGAGCGCAUGCAGUCGCAGCUGUGGUGUUGGCGAGACGCAGCGGACGCGGAAAGUUACCAUCAAGCCUCGCAGGGGUGGAACACCCUGUCUACCGUUGAAGGAAACCAAGUGGUGUGGCAGCGUCAGUCCCUGCCCUGAGAACUCAAAGUCCAAUGUCGACGCCUACCAGUGGUAAAACUUCCUCGGCGGGAUCCUGAAGCCUCCUCGUCGUCUCCUCGACUCUGAAAACAAAACUGAUCUGCAAUCUGACAGUCUUAUACGAGUUUGUAUAAAUCGAACCGAUCUAACCGAUACUAAUCAAGCAGCCAAUCAACUAACCGAUAAACCAGACAACCAAAGAUUUCAACCUCGAUUUUGAUGUAGACGAGAGAGCGUUUUUCUUUUUCGGGAGGAUUUUUUAUGAUUGCAACCAAAGAUAUUUUAAUUAAUGUGCUGUGCGUGCCAGUCCGAGUCCAAGAAGGACUGUGGCUUUGAGCCAUCGAGAAGCGUCAAGAACCGCUGGCUGAUUAGUCAUUGAAGAUCCUUAGAACAGCGCGAGGGAAUUGGCUGCCAAGGGAAACCGGAAGUUCGAAUCUCACUGAGCGAGGAGCUGAAUUUCUCUAUCUCUCUAUCUCCUUGAUGAGGAUUUAUCGAUAUCUCGAGGAGAUCACUCGAGUUCCUCUUCUCCAAUUACCAAAGCUCCGCUUUUCAACCGAGAAAAGGCACGAGUGGACCAGGAUGGACGAUUCUCAAAAAACCUAGCCCAAACCAAUUAUCAGCUGGAUCCUUCCUUCUCGGUAUAAUAUUUUGAUGAAAGGAUCACGAUGGGAAAGUAUCUCGUAUUAAUCUCAUUAAAAAUGUUCCUGAGAUCAGAAUUCUAUUAGUCGAAUCCUGGCUACCAUUCAAUCGCCCAGCCAGUCAUCCAAUUAGCUGUUAGCUCUGACUUUUGACAAUCUCUGAGUCUUGAAAAAAUAACUCGAAACCAAAACGUUUUCCAAAGAUUUUAACUUGGCUGUACAAUUUGGCUAGAGGCGGGGCUGAUCCAUUUAAAUCAUUUAAAGAAAAGCAUGAUGCUAGUGUUUGAAUAGAAAAUAAAUAAAGAAGGACAAAAUGCAGAAUGAAAGAUCAAAAAGUUUAAUUGCGGGAUAGUUUGAGAGUGUAAAAUGUCAAAAACUUAAAAAACCUAUACGGUCGUCCUGCGAAAUUCACUCCGACUGCCACAUAGAACCAAACACACUGUGUUUCUUGUAGGGUGGUUGGACGUUUUUACAAAAUAUCAGGUACGUCUUAGGUGAGUGUAUUAUAUCGUAGGAAUAAAACUUAACGAUAAUAAUUAAUAACUAACGUUUAACCGUAACUACUUAAUUAUAGGAUUGUAUUAUUAUUGCCCAUAAAUGACCGGCUUGUGUCCAACGUCAAAUUUCAAAAGCAGUAAAAUGCUUACUAUGAAAAUUUCAAUUAGCACAAAUAAAGUAACAAUUAGAAAAUCCUAAUUUACCUCCGAACAAACAAAAAAGGAAUAAAUUGAGAUGUGAAAACAAAAUAAUUAUCGAUCGACGCUUUCAAAUCAAAAAAAUGUGCCAACUCGGUGCGCCUCUUUGUCGUUCGAUUAAAAAUUCACUCUGUUGACAGAAUCGACUGCUACUGAAAUAAUUCACUGUAUUGCCACCUGCUAUUGCUAAGGUGGGUCCAAGCCGUGAUUAAUCUUAGCAAAAGUAAAUUUAACAUUUUAUAAGCUGGAGACUCUAACGCAAGGAUACCAUGCGAGAUCCGUUCACCAGGUACGAGCAGAGUCCAUUAAUUAACAAAUGAAGAGAAAAUAAAAAAAGAAAGAAACAAAAAAGAGUAUAUACAUAUAUAUACCAUAUAUUGUACGCGACGGGACGAUGACCUUAGGGAAAGAUGAUAAUGACGAUAACACAUAAUGAUGAUUCUGUACAAGUCACCGUGCAUUCUAGCCUUUAAGAUACCUAGCCGAUAGGAACUAUAGCCAAUAAGCAACAUGUAGCAAUGUAUAACACAUAAGUUUAUAUUACAUAAUAAAAUCUACCGAGAAAAAAGA